ACUCUUGUCUUAAAACAUGUCAAAGGGAGAAACAUGGACAAGGAAGUUUACCCGUGAAGUUUAUUUAAAGCUCGUUUUCGAUGAAGAAAUUCCCCCAUGAUAAUACAUUACCUGUCCAAAGUACAUCAAAAGCCUAAAUAGACAUCACGAGGUUAUAAAACGGGAAGAUUCUGUAUUAUUUUUUCCACAUUGUAUUUUGAACUCGAUCCACGAACUAAAAUCUACUAUGGACUUCAAACGCAAUUCAGUGCGAUUUUUGGUCGGGUUUCUCACCAUCAUGAUCGCCAGCCCGAUCGGGGUGCAAUCCGGAUGCUGCUGCCCUUCACUCUGGACUUCGUUUGGUCAACAUUGUUACAGAUAUUUCUCCUACAAUAUGACAUGGGAACAAGCUGAACAGGUUUGUCGUGGGUUUUCAGUACCUUCUCUUGGAAGUGGUGACCCGGAUAUGGAUACUCUUGGUCACCUUGUGUCUAUUCACUCUCAAGCGGAAAACGACUUCGUUUUUACACUUUUCAAAUCUUCUGCCCCAAAAGAGGGAAGCAGGUACAUGUGGAUUGGACUUCACGAUGCCACGUUAGAUGGCAGCCAUGUUUGGGUAGACGGCACGGACGUUGUAUACACCAACUGGAGACCGGGUCAGCCUGAUCAUAUUGGGCGCGAAGACUGCAGUGAGAUAGCGAGCACGCGAAGUGAUGGUUGGAACGACGUGAGAUGCACAUUCACCCAUGCGAGUUGCUUCAUCUGUAAACUACCAUCGUGGUAUUAGAACCAGUGGCGUGAUGGGCUUACGAAUAGUAUAUUAUUAUUCAUUUCAUUAAGAAAGAGUGUCUAGUAUCAAACUAUUUGAUGUGAAUUUUGUGAGGUAUUUCUUCAAGUUUGAAUGAACAUGACACUUGUUCAAAACCAUGAAGAAAGAAAUUGCAAAUUUUAAAUUGUAUCUGAGGGUCUUUCACAUCAGAUGAAAAAUGGCCACAGAUUGAAACUGUUUCAAAAGUAGCUUUGAAAUUCUCAAAUUAAGUCGAAAUUCGACAUUUCUGAAUCUGAAUUUCUUAACUGUAUUAAGUGGUGCUAAAAAGUUAGUGAACCCCAUUACCCCACCAGGAAAUGAACAUUUGUAAAGGUGUUCAAAUUCUGCCAUGUUUUCGCCGGACAUUGUAGCGUUGUUGUCUACAUUCAACCCUCCGUGUGAAGUGCAUUUUUCUUAGCACACAGGAUGCCCUAGCUGGUUUAGUAAUUCAAUUUUUUAUCAUCCUGCAUGUAUAAUUCCGUUUGGUCUACAGUACACUACCUGCUGACCUACUGGAAAGAAAACAAUGUCACAGUGUACGAUCAUGAAAGUUCAUCUGUGUUGGUAAAAGAUAACGAUUUUGUUGAACUUUGGUUCACAACACAAAAAACAGAAAAUAACGAAGAGUUACCUCGAAAUUUUCGGCUGCUUACUGCAACCUUCGUCAGCGAUGUGACCCGAUUUGACCUUAGUGACGUAAUGGUCGUAAUGUCACAGUGUGUUCACAGUGUGUAUACAUAGUGGACUAUUGUGAUUCACACUGUUAAAUCGCUCAAAUGUGACAGUGUGGAAACAAUUCCAAACUGUGGAUACUUCUAUAAGUGUGAACGUUCACGGUGUGUUCAAAUAGCAAAUUGCCGAUUCGUCUACUGCCAACUCGUCCACUCACCACAUGGUCUACCUUCAUUUAAUUAGUCUAAGGCCAUUCCGUCCAUCAACAUUUCGUCUAACAGCCAUUUGGUUUAAUAAUCACUUCAUCUAAUCACCAGUUCAUCUAUGACCAUUUCGUCUCAUACUCAGUUGGUCUAAUACCCAUUUUUUUUUUUGUCAUUUCGCCCAAUUAAUAAUAAUAUAUAAUAUAGGGUAUUUAUAUUGCGCACAUAUCCACCUUGUUAGGUGCUCAAGGCGCUCCUAUAUUACCCGGCUAAGCUAGGCGUUCAUAGCGCACACAGCUUUUUAAGGAAUUACUUCCUACCGGUACCCAUUUACCUCACCUGGGUUGAGUGCAGCACAUUGUGGACCAGUUUCUUGCUGAAGGAAAUUACGCCAUGGCUGGGAUUCGAACCCACGACCCUCUGUUUCAAAGUCCGAAGACUAAUCCACUGGGCCACAACGCUCCACGAUUAACACUCAGUCCAAUUAGACCGAAUGGUAUAUGGACUAGAUGGAUAUUGGACAAACUGGUUAUUAGACGAAAUGGUGAGUGGACGAAAUGGCAAUUAGACUUUGUGGAUAGUAGACGAACUGAUGGCAGACCGUAUGAUAGUAGACGAGUUGGUCAUUGGACGAAAUGGCAUAGACCAACUGGAAAUAAACCGUUCAAAUAGCGGACUAUGUGAAGUUGCGAUUCACACAGUUUAAAUGAUCAGAUUUACAGUGUGAUGACACCUCCACACUGUGGAUUAACAUAUAGUUUGAGUGUUCACAGUGCAUUUACAAAAUGGACUACCAGUAUGUGAAUAUGUUAAUCACACUGCUAAAGUGGUCAAAUUAAACAGUGUCACGAUGGUUACGCACUAUGUUCCACAGUGUGACCACACUGUGGUAUCCAUCUGUCUAAUGCCAAGAUGGUUCGAUCUCCACUUCGUCUCGUAAUUAUUUUUGCUCCCCUUUUAAAUAACAUUUGAUUUAUAACAAUUCAUAUAAUCGUCCCUUCACUCUAAAAAUUAAUGUUAAAGAGCUAAUCUAGUCCCAAAUUACACUCCUCUCAGAGUGAGACGAGGGACUAGUCAUUUUGGAGUGGGAUUUGCAUCUUUUGAGAGUGCAUGAUAGCUCCUCCUGGAGUGAACAGUGUAUAUCUUUAGAUAUUUUCACUCCAAAAAGAGGUAAAUGCACUCUCAAAAGAUGUAAAUCCCACUCCGAAACGACCGGCCCCUCGUCUCACUCUGAGAGGAGUGUGAUAUAAGGACCAGAUUAGCACGUUUGUAUUUAGAGUGUACAGGGGAAGAACAUAGUGUCCUACAGUGUGUUCACAGCGUGGAACACAAUAUGAAAUCACACUCACACUGUUAAAUUUGAGCAUUUUAAAAGUGUGAAUAACUAUUCACAUCAUCGUCCAUGUGAACACGCUGUUAACAUGCAGUCACACUGUCGAAGUGUCCACAGUAUGGAAAUAUCUUCACACUGUUGAAUUUGAGCAUUUUAACAGUGUGAAUAAUAUGUUCACACAGUCCACUAUGUGAACACACUGUGUUCUUUCCAGUAGAGAUAUUGUGGUGUAAAUAUUAGACUUGUUAUAGCCCGAGUAGACAAAAUUUAAUGGUAAAUGAUAAUGGUAAAUGAGUUAAACGUUAAAUGGCAAUUUGAACAAAUUGUUAGUUCACGAAUUGGUAGUAGACGGAAUGGGAUAGACCACAUGAGGGGAGACCAAAUAUGGGCGUGGACAACAUGGCCCUGGGAAGCAUGGGUGCUUAAGCACCCCCAAAAUUUUCUUAGGGGUGCUGUGUGUUAUUCUUGAUCGGCAACACCGCCAGAUAUUCUGAAAGAUGUGUAAAAGAGUGGAAAACUGUAACCAAAAUGACCUUCAUUUUGUAAUGAAACAUUUUUUAAUGUUUGUUUUGUUUCUUUUUUUUUCUUCAAAUUCUUCGGGACCAAUUUGACCUUCAUUCUGUAAUGAAACCAUU